AUGGCAUUACGAGCUCAAUUCGAAAACAGUGGAGAUAUUGGUGUGUUCAGCAGACUCACUAAUGCAUACUGUCUCGUCGCCAUCGGUGGAUCAGAGAACUUUUACAGUGUGUUUGAAAGUGAAUUGGCUGAUGUAAUCCCUGUCGUCCAUACUUCCAUUGCUGGAACUAGGAUUAUAGGAAGGCUCUCUGCCGGGAACAGACAUGGCCUCCUCCUUCCAAACACUACCACUGACCAGGAACUACAACAUAUACGAAACGCACUCCCGGAAGCCGUCAAGAUUCAAAGAAUCGAAGAACGUUUAUCUGCUCUCGGAAAUGUCAUUGUAUGUAACGAUUACGUCGCCUUGGUUCAUCCUGAUAUCGAUCGAGAAACCGAAGAAAUCAUUGCCGAUGUAUUAAAGGUCGAAGUGUUUAGGCAGACUGUGGCUCAAAACGUAUUGGUGGGAAGCUUUGCUGCCAUCAGCAACCAAGGUGGUCUGGUUCAUCCAAAAACCACCAUUCAGGAUCAAGAUGAAUUGUCCUCGCUACUACAGAUUCCUCUAGUGGCUGGAACAGUGAAUCGUGGUUCAGAUCUCAUCGGUGCUGGUCUGGUGGUGAAUGAUUGGUGUGCCUUUGCUGGUCUGGACACGACAAGUACAGAAUUGUCUGUCAUAGAAUCCAUCUUCAGGUUACAAGACGCACAACCAUCACAGAUUGCUGGGAAAAUGAGGGACAGUCUGAUUGAUUCCAUGGCUUAA